AUGGCAGACCCCCGAGUCGUCAACAUGGAUGGCUUUACAUCCACCUCUCAUUCUAAUAUAACGCCCACGCUUUCUCCAUCUCUGCCAUCAAAUCGCCUCAAACGCCCCUUCACGGUUUGCGUAAUCGGUGCUUCGGGUGCGAUUGGCGCUGGAGUCGCGAAAUCAUACGCACUGGCGGGAUGUAGUGAUCUUAUUCUCGCUGGGCGGAACUCUGAUACCUUGAAAAGGGUAUCUGAGGAUAUACUAUCUUCCUCUGAUGAGAGUGAUAACGAGGGGGUAAAGACAAGGAUCCAUAUCCAACACUGCGACAUCGCAUCGCACGACUCCGUCCGCAAACUCGCAGAAUUUAUAGGUUCCUCCUUCUCCGGGGUACUGGACGCUGUCGUGCUGGUAAGCGGUAUAUCGGGCCCUGUCGAGCUCCGCAUCACAGACGGCUCUCCAUCGGACGGCCACUGGGCGGAGGUCUUCAACACCAAUACUCUUGGCACAUACCACGUUGCGCACUACCUCGUGCCACUGCUGCUAAAGUCUGACACCAAAGCAUUGCUGGUGAUAGGCUCAAUAGCGGCGUGUAUCACGAAAGGCAUGAUAGCGAAUACGAAAUAUUGCGUUAGUAAACUUGCGCAGGCACGGAUUGUGGAGUGUGUUGCGGAACAGUUUGCGGAGCAAGGGUUGUUGGCUGUGAGUGUGCAUCCGGGGGCUGUUGGCAGUGAAAAUGCGCUUGCUACGGCACCGAAGGAGUUUAUUAAAUAUUUGACGGAUGACCCUAACCUGUGCGGCGCGUUUUGCGUCUGGUUGAGUCGGGAUACAGCUCGAUUUUCGUGGUUAAAUGGGAGGUUGGUAAGCGCUACGUGGGAUCCGGAGGAGUUGCUGGCGAAGAAGGAGGAUGUUGUUAAGGGAGAUUUGCUCAAGUUUGAGGCUAGGACGACGCUGGAUUUGUAG